CAUUAGUCAAAUUAAUUUAGAAGCUGAGAAAUUUUGAACCAACCAUGGCCAUAAUAAAAAACACAAGGGCUCAAACUAAAACCCCAAUCUCUAUUCUCAUGCUCAUUAUUUCCUUCCUUGGGUUGGUCCACAAUGUUAAAUCAGUUUCUUUCUCAUUCCCUAGUUUUGGCUCCUACACAAACGACAUCACCCUCCAAGGCGAAGCCUAUGUUAAUUCAGAAGGUGCCAUAAAGCUCACACCUCUUUCCCCCAACAACGUUGGUAGAGCCUCCUACGCUGCACCCUUGCACCUUUGGGACGCCAAAACCGGCAAGCUCGCAGGCUUCAACACAACCUUCUCCUUCGUCGUUGCGCCGAGCGGACCCGGACUCUUUGGCGAUGGCAUCGCCUUCUUCCUUGCUCCGUUCACCUCCAACCUCCCCAACAAUUCAAGUGGCGGAUUCCUCGGACUCUUCAGCCCUAACUCUGCCCUAAACGUGUACAAAAACCAAAUAGUGGCCGUCGAAUUCGACUCCUUCAGUGGGAACCCCUGGGACCCUCCCUCUGCCCAUGUGGGCAUUGAUGUUAACUCCAUUGCUUCUGUGACAACGAGGAAAUGGGAAACUGGGAAUUCGUUUGAAGUUGCAUAUGCCACUGUGAACUAUGAGCCUAUUGGCAAGAGUUUAAACGUGCUUGUAACAUACCCUGGAAGCAGUUUGAACGCGACUAGCCUCUCGUUUGUGAUUGAUUUGAGGACUGUUCUGCCUGAAUGGAUUAGAGUUGGGUUCUCGGGUGCCACUGGACAAUUGGUUGAAACACACAAGAUUUAUUCUUGGACCUUCGCUUCUAGCUUCUAUUAGAAAUUUUGAACAGUUAGAUCCCCCUAUGGUCUAUGGCAGAAAAAGAGGGAGAGUCGUGGUUUUUUUUUUUUAUAAGAAUAAAAGGCAGUCACAUGUUGUUUAUUUUAAAUUUGCUUACUAGUGAUGUAUUCUUAAUAAGUUCAUUUUGUUUUCUGACUGUAUUCUUGAUAAGUUUAAUGUUUAAUGUUUAAUG